AUGGCGGCGGCCAAGAACCCCAAGGUCUUCUUCGACAUCCUCAUCGGCCAGGCCAAGGCGGGGCGGGUGGUCAUGGAGCUCUACGCCGACAAGGUGCCCAGGACGGCGGCCAACUUCCGGCAGCUCUGCACGGGCGAGAAGGGCCUGGGCGCCAGCGGCAAGCCGCUCCACUACAAGGGCUCGGCCUUCCACCGCAUCAUCCCGGGCUUCAUGUGCCAGGGCGGCGACUUCACCCGCGGCAACGGCACCGGCGGCGAGUCGGUCUACGGCGCCAAGUUCGCCGACGAGAACUUCCUCCUCCGCCACACGGGCCCCGGCGUGCUCUCCAUGGCCAACGCAGGGCCCGGCACCAACGGCUCCCAGUUCUUCAUCUGCACCGCCAAGACGCCCUGGCUCGACGGCAAGCACGUCGUGUUCGGGCAGGUCGUGGACGGGUACGGCGUCGUGGAGAAGAUGGAGGCCGUCGGGUCGUCCGGCGGCUCCACCGCCCAGCCCGUCGUCAUCGAGGACUGCGGCCAGCUCCCCGACGACCACUAUUCAGUUUGA